UGCAAACAGCUGAUUGAAUGACAUGACUCUCUUUUGUUCAUUUCUUUCACUCUUCUUAAGUAAAGCCAAAUUUGAGCAUUAAUUGUUCAGUUGGAAAGAUACAGAAGUUUAGGAUUUUAGGUCCAUAAUCUAACAAGAAACUCUGAAAUCAAUUCUAUCCAUAUGAAAAAUCUUAUGCAUUUAUAUUUUGCACUAUGAUAUAGAUUGCUUUCAUUACACGUAAAAACUUUGAAUGGUGACUCUUGCUCUUUAGUAUCCCCACACCAUAAACCUGGUAAAGACAAAAUGCCAUCCAUGAAUUUCAAAUAUUUCACAGUCAGGAUAUUAAUGCACUAGACAUCUGCGUGUUCUAGCACUCCCUCCACAUCUUGAUCCUCUGGUUGCCUAUAAAAGGCUAACUUUGACAUCAUUUCUAUGUGCUUCAACAUAUCAGUAGUUGUACAAAAGGUGAAGAAGAUGAGUGGAACACGCUGCCCCGACGACUCUUAUGCUAUGGCUGGGCUAAGACCUAAUGGGAACCAUCACCAAGCAAAGAGGAAUUAUAAUAAGUGCUGUUAUAUUUUUCGGAUGCCACUUCACUAUCCAAGAUACAAGAAGAGUGACUAUGAGAACAUGCCUGAGUGGCAGCUGGACUGCCUGCUUAAUGAGUAUGGGCUGCCCAUCGUUGGAGACGUGAACCAAAAGAGAAAGUUUGCAAUGGGAGCCUUCCUCUGGCCUUCCCAGAAUGACUAGAAGCUCCAAGAUCUCUACCUGCACUUUUGGUUCAGUAUGAAUAUUAUCAUGCCUACUUAGAUUAUUCGUCUAUCCUAAAAAACUAGCAUAUUUUGUAAUCUUUAAGUGCCUUUGAGUCGCUAUCACUGUUGCAUAUGCAUUACUUAUGUAAUUUUGAUUAUCAUUAUUUACCACUUUAAUGUAAUGCAAGAUAUUGUUCAGUUUUUACUGGUUUAUGAGAAUUUUCUUUUAAUUGCCAAAGGCUUUGACAACGUAUAACUAGACCACUGAUCAAAAUGAUCAUGUAGCUUGCUUUGCUCUAUGACAAAUGCCCAUCAAUGCAAAAGAACCUACUGAGCAUGUUUACUUAGACUGCAAUUAAGAAAAAUAAUGAAACUGGACAAACGAUUGUCUUAACUAAUGCAGGUCAGCUAAUACCAACAUCUCCAGCAAAAUAAUAGAAACAUGACAAGUGGGACCCUUUGCUAUUCGACUAACAUGAUUGAAGCAGUUGAAAACUUGAGAUUUCAUCACAAAACUGUAGAGACUUGUUAUUGUAAAGAAGAUUAAGUUGAAGUCUUGAAGACGAACAAGGAAGUACAACAGAGCCAUCAUCGAUACAAGGACUAAGGAGUAAUAUGUGCAGUUUUCUGGCUGUUAGGUUUGCCAUUAAAUAUGACAGUUACAUGUUACCUUUUAUACACGGCAGGGACAUUAUGCUACAUAUAUAUAGGGAAAAUGUUUGGAAAUUUUCACUUCUUAUUGUUGAUGAUGCUGUAAAAACUUUCAUAGUAGAUUGCUUUCUGUUUGUAGAUUACAGAUUCGUAGUAGGGCUACUAAAGUUUAUACUGUCCAGUCCAAACACUGUAAAAAUCCUUUUUUUUUGGAGCCUGAUAUAAACUAGUACUUGUAUAUGUCUUGCAAGUUUGAUAAAGCUUCAUGAUGAUGCAUUUUUUUUUUUAACAUCCUACCUGUUUGAUGGGUCCAAUGUCCGAAAAACAUGUGGUUUUGAAGCGACCAGUUAUAACAUCAAGUAUCUAGUUUGGGAUUAUGAUAGCUGAAAACCAGCAGCAAUUGGUCGAGUAUUUACUGACCAAUCAAUUCAAAGUGCUUGGAUGUCGUGAAAUUAUAUCUAGUGUGAAAUCUCUAGGCUAACAAGUAACAACUACUCCCAAAUGGAUAAGGAAGAUUGAAUCCGCUUGUAAAGUAACAAUCGCUCAAGUUGCCAUUGAUUUCAUUGCUGCCAUAUGUCAAGCUCCGAUGGUUGAAAUGAAUGCAUUAUUGCAGCUUCUCUUGCAGUUAGGUUUUAUUAAUUGUUGAGACAGACUUAUGGAAUGAUGGUUCAAUUCUCAUAAAAAGGAUUGAUCCAAAUACUUCCCAGCUGGGAUCCUUAUCUGCCAAGGCAAUUUUAUCAGCAAACCAUCAAUCUCUACCCUCUUUGCA